UAACAGUUACUGGCCGAAGUGGAUUUAUAAGCUCAUUCUCAAAUGUAUCACAUUAUACCGGAUCAACAUUUUGAGAAAGACCAUUCGCUUUAAGAAACUAUGAAAUAAUUCAUUGUUGUUAUUCUGAGUGAAAUGUGAUCGAUAUGGUAUACUCUAGAUUCUCUUUUUUUUUCUUUCAUGUUUUUUUUUACAAUUAAACUUCUUUUGUAGUCUCCAGUUUAAUUAAUUAGCUUACUCAUAACUAAAUUGCUAAUUCAAAUGGUCAUAGAUGUAUGGUCAGACUACAUUUCUGUGCAACCUUUUGACUAUGUCGCCAUUUGUUUUGAUAUCAUCUUUUCGCUUGUUUAUUAUUGUUUUGCUUUGGUGAUAUUUUUCCAUGGAAUUUUUAUGCACUAGUGGCAUAACAAGACUAAAUGAUCGGGCACGCCAAGAUGCUGCUGUUCUUCGACUUGGAUUUCUUAAGCUUGAUGCUCGUGCAAGGGAGGACACAAGGAAGAUUGACCUUGGUGUUAAGGAAAAGGCUGCUCGGUUGAAGCAUUUAGCCACUGACAGGGCUCAAUCUGAUCUGAAGAGAGUAGCAGAUCAGCAUUGGAGUGAUGGGGCCUUAGAGGCCGACUUACGACGAGCUGACUUCAUAUUUAGACGACGUGCCAUGGAAGAUGCAUACAUGGCAUUGAAGGUAGAAGAUGUACUGCUUUUUUUCCAACAUCGUUGUGGUUUUAUAAGAAACAUUCAUGACAUGAUGGCAAACAAAUUUUACCAAUUUCCUUCAAAUGAAAGGUCUUUCUCUCUCAAAGAUAAAAUGGGAUUCAUUACACUCAAAAAGAAUGGGAAAGCUCUUGAUCUAUUUGCAGAUGAGGUCACAACAGACCGUAUGCAAGCCAUUCAGGAAGCUUAUUGGACUAUGGCAUCUGCCUUACUGCCAUCUAGUCCAUGAUUCUAGCACAAGUCUUAUGGCUCUGAGAACUAUCAUCUAACAGUUUUCACUAGGAUGUAACUAUCUUACAACGAUGAGUCUCGAAGCUUCAAUGCAGCUAUUUGGUGAUGCUAAGGCCAAAUAUCUAAAUCCUUAUCUAUUUCAUCCCGGUUUCUCAUAAGUGUUCUUGGUGACAUCGUACUACUAGUUUUAGUGAUGUAUAGACACUUCUCCUCAAAUGACUAAUCCAAUUCGAGACUUCUGCUCCAUUUGAACUUGUUUAGACCAAGGAACCAUGCUGUUUUCCCUUGAUGCUAUGCUGAACUGCCUUGCUCUUGGAUUCACUUUUCGGUUAUUCCACAGGAAUUGAGUGUUGUCCUGGAACUGCCUUAUAUUUUAUGUAGAAUUUUCUCUUCCGUUUUGUAGACAUUGAGUGUUGUCCUGGAAUUCUGGAAAUCCUUCUCUCAUGUCCAGGUAUUAGAGCUAUGCGAAAUGUUUAUUCUAUAGUUAUAGUUCAAGCAGUACUUACUACAAUUAUCUUUUUUCUUAUAUUUUAUAUUUUUCUUUGAUAAGUUUUGUUUAAUUUUUCUCUUGCAUGAUGUAACUCGGGCAAUUCGUGAGGCUUGAGAUUUUGGAUGCAAGGAGUGAGCUUUGUUAGGUUAUAAAUUGCCUUGCUAAUGUGUAAAAGUCAUAUGAAGAAUAGUAAUGGAAAACAUGUGAUUUAUGG